ACUAAACGUCCGGAAACACGUGUUGGGUUUAAUCUUUAGUUUGAAAAAGUUCCGCCCGUGUCCUCCGGCGCCUCCUGCUCCACUCUUUAUCCCUGGUUCACUGAGCCUGCCUCCGCCUUCGCUUCACUUUGUGCUGAUCAGGGCUUGAUGUUAAAUUCUCCUCCAACAUGAAGCCUUCGGGAGGAAACUGACUAAACAAACGUUCCUGGAAGCUGCGCGCUGAUAUGACACCGUGUUUACGCCUCCCCGGCGCACAUUUUACGCGCAGUUUACGCACGAAGAAUGGGCUUAGGAGAAACAGACCGUGGCCUCUCUGCGCGUUUCAGUGUGACACACAGAUCACGUCCGCGCGUCCUGACCGUGUCCUCCGGAUCCCCUCUCCCCUGUUUAUUUUCCCUCCGGCUCGGAAUGUAAACAGUUUUGGAGACGCCGAAGGGGAAAUAUUUGAAUCAGAGGAGUGUAAAUAUGAGCAGCGGCGGGGAUUUGGGUGUACGCAUACACGGUGUGUGUUUUCCAGCCACGGUUUUAGUUUAGGUGGGGGAGGGAAUGAGAGAGGGGAGGGAUGAGGGGAAGGCAGGCGAGUGUUGAUCAGGGUGAGUGUGUUUUGUACGCUGCAAAAAGUGUCCGUGUUGGAGAGUCGUUUGGGCGUCAGACGUUCUGAUUGUCUGCUUUCCAUCAACUCAUGUCAGAAAUAAAAAUCCAAGACUGGCUUAGAAAUGAAUGAUCUUUCCCCACAACGUUCAUUUUUGCACAAACGAAGUGUUUGUAUUUUAGAAUUGGACUAAAAGAUUAGAUGGCGCCUCUAGUUUUAAUAAAGAUGCAACAGUUCAACAAAAGCCCAAAACAAACGCUUCACGUCGGAGACAAUAAAAAUUCGACUCACGCUGUCAGAUGUCCAGGUUUAUUUUGAGCAAAUAAAUAUUUUUAAGCCUCAUGAAGCCGUGAAAGGGCUCGUCGUCGUCGUCGUGGGCACUUUUUGCAGCGUGCACGGCAUUGGUGGAUGUGUGUGUUUCCCUGUGCGUCAUGAUUGGCUGAAAGCGCAGAGGACGCCUUAAUAUUUAAUACUAAUGUUCCCCUGGUUGGCUGAGGACUGGAAAGGUCCAACCAAUGUUUUUCACUUGCUUUAGUGGCUGUGGCUCCCUAAUUAAUUGCAGCUAUCUGUCUCCUAUCGAUGUGUGUGUACAUGUGUGUUGUGUGUGUGUGUGUUUCCUCUUUUCUCCCCAAACUGAACAUGAGAUAGUUUGUUGGGCUAUACUUUCUUUCUUCCUAUCUAUCCCCCCUUCCUUCCUUCCCGUCCUGGUUCGCAGGCAGAGACAGGACAGAUUGAAACCCAGCUGUGCUCGUCGCUUUUGCUCGUUGCCAUUUUCCCCCCUCAUUGCCCGGUGAUGUUGGAUAUGGGAGAGCGCAAAGAGGUGAAAAUGAUUCCUAAGUCGUCGUUCAGCAUAAACAGUUUGGUGCCCGAGGCCGUGCAAAGCGACAACAACAACCACCAGAACCAGCAUCACCACCAGAACCACCACCACCAGAAUCACCACCGGCCCGGCGGCGCGGACGAAGCCGAGCAGAAAGCUCCUCUGCCGGCCGCGCAGCAGGACGGAAAAUCGGACUUUAAAAGUGACUCUUCGAGCCAGGAGAGCUGCCCGGACGAGAAGGAGAAGCAGGAGGAGAAAAAGGACGGGGUGUUCAUCGGCGGCACCACCGGGAAGCUCCGGCGGCGGUCCACCACGUCCCGGGCCAAGCUGGCCUUCAAGCGGGGCGCGCGGCUGACCUCGGGUUUGACCUUCAUGGACCGGGCGGGCUCCCUGUACUGGCCCAUGUCCCCCUUCCUCUCCCUGCACCACCCGCGGGCCGGCGGCGCCCUGGGCUACAAUGGCACCUCCUCAGGCUACCCGGGUCAUCCCAUGUCCUACAGCACCAUGCUCACCCAGAACAUGGGCAGCAACCACUCGUCGUUCCCGUCCUCCAACGGGCUGAGCAUGGACCGGCUGGUCGGCGGGGACCUCCCCUACGCCACGCACCACCUGACGGCUGCGGCCCUGGCGGCCUCGGCGGUGCCCUGCGGCCUCUCCGUGCCUUGCUCCGGGGCCACCUACUCCCUGAACCCGUGCUCGGUCAACCUGCUGGCCGGGCAGACCAGCCCGCCCAUGCCCACGCAGACCGGCGGCGGCGGCGGCUCCCUGCAGGCCGCGCGGGCUUCGGCCUCCAAUUCCCCGCAGGCUCCGUCCUCUUCCUCGCUGCCCUGUGACUCUCUGAGGCCGGCUCUGUCCGGCUCUCUGCCGGCCUUCUCCUCGGGACUUUCCGGGGGUUUGUCUGACUAUUUCACGCAUCAAAACCAGGGAUCGACCUCCAACCCGCUUAUACACUAACACCCCCAAACCCUGUCAUCCGCCCCUGAAGGAGUGAAAAUGGUGAAGUGACUGGAGCUGUAAGUUGAACAUUUCCAUUGUACAAAUGACAGAAUUAUUCUAAACGAGCUACUAUAGAAAAACGCGGAGAGACUUAAAGUGCGAAACAAAGCAGCAGCAGAGACUCAGACAGAAAGCAGCCCUGAACUUUCAGGUAUUUUUUAAUAUUAUUAUCUUCUUCUUCUUCCUCUUCUUCUGCUCCACCUUCUCCAGCGGUUUGGUUUCUGUGUACAUACUGUCUGUGACCGAGUGUCGGGCUUUGUCUCUGUAUAGUACUGUCAGUCAGCGACGUGCAAUGUGAUCUGAGAUUUCAAUGAUGAUGUAGGCUGAGUUUCCUUUCUGUUGUUGUUGGAGGAGAUUUUACUUUUUUAUAGAAUGUGUAUUUAAAAUAGUUUGGUCUAAUUUGAAGAUUUAAAAAAGGUCAAAAUAUGAACAACAAUGUCUCUCCUCGCCGGCUUUGCCCGCAUGUUUGCAGUAUUAUCAGGUACCAUGUGGGUCAGAGAGGAGGCGGUGGAGAAGGAUUUUAUUUUAGGAAAUUUAAACGCAAUUUUUUUAAAAUUUUGUUUUAUGUUUUAGUGAAAUGUUUUUGUUUUUUAAGCAGAAAGCAAAGCAGCACCGGCCCCCGCCGUUCAAGUCCCGAGGCUGUUUCUCCAUUCAUUCAUUUCAACAUGUUACUGUACUUGUAGACCAAAGAAUCGGUUUUAGGACAUUUAGUCAGUUCAGCUGCACAACAUGCCAGGCCUGAUGUAGUAGGAAAUAUGGAGUGAGUGAAUGAGUGAGUGAAUACAUGAAGGGGUGAGUGAUGCCUCCUUCACUGCAGAAAAUGUCCAUUUAAACGAGAUGUUGAUCGCGGUCGGAUGAAGCUGACUGUUUUCUUAAAUUAGGGGAAAUCUGAAGGGAGUUUGGUGUCGAUUUCAGCUUUUUCAGCCACCGUUCGUGGGGGCAGCUGGAGGGAUGUUUGCCUUAAUCCGCUCGAUGUUUGGAUCUCACGUUAAAGCUGGAGAUGAGCUGUUGAUCUGACACAAAGCUCCGACUCUCCGACUCAUUCCUCAGCCUAAAUAUCUCGUUUGGUUCAUGGAUGUUUUCCGCAGUGGAAGCCUGUGAUGUGUUUUCUUUGAUUGUAAACGUGAUCGCCGAGAAAACGGACGUUCACUCAUCUUCUCUUAUUACUAUUAUUUUUUGUAUAAUUAGCAAAAGAGAGAGGAAAAUGUCUAUUUGUAAUUUGAAUUUGGGGUUUUACUUUUGUCGAAAAGAAAGGCCGAUGUAAAAACCCGUUUGUUUGACAGAAGAAAAAAAAGCCUCCUUAUCUAAUUCUACUUGGAAUGAUUGUCCUUUAAUUGUCGUCUCUAAAACAAUUUUUCAUGGUUGUGAUACUAUUGUGGUCUUAUUCUUAUUCCCGUGUUUGUCGCUUACAAAAGAGAAAAAAGAGAAAAAAAUGUUUUAAUCAUAAAAAAUACAAAUAAAAUCAUAGGUUACAUUCAUAACUAACGAAACUCCCUUUGUCUUCUUUGCUCCUGCCGUGCACGUUGCCACGGGUUUUAUCAACAGGUACAACAACUUAAAUGAAAUGUGCUUUAUUUCUAAAAGCUUCCAACACUUUCAAAGUCACAUUUUCACAUUUUCACAUUUUCUUGGGCUUCAGCUGAAACUGUGCCUUUUGUUAACGCGGUUCUUCGCUGCUCAGCUGCCAAGAACGAAUUUUAAUAUUGUGACGGUUUUAAUGCAGCGCAAACAGCAGCUCCACUCCAGCACAGGCGCGUCCACGUCCAGCAGCGUAACAGCAACAUUGCUUCGAGUGUUUUCAGCCCUGGCUGUGGAAUAAUCAACCUCGUCAACGAGUGUUUUGGGGAGUUUAGUUGUGUACGCACACAGAUUUACGCGCGUCUUUCUGGACAAACUGUGUGAAAUGAUGCAGCAGAGGUCGCGUUGAGGCCCGAAGCCUGACGGACUGAGGCUUUGUUGUGCUGCAGCUUGUGACACUUCUCCUUUGGAACAGUGAAAUCUGAGGCACUGCGGCCUCCGAGACCGACUGGUUCACAUCUUUACAGGACGAGGUUUCCCCAUAUUUCCUCCGUUUUCGUGAGCGGGGUCUGAAUGUUCCUGUGCGCAGCUCCAAGCUGCAGUCAGCUCACCUGGAGCCCUGAACGUGCACGGUUCUCACACUUUCUUAUUGAGACGUCGGAUUUUUGUUCUUGUUGCUCGCGGAGUGUGUGUUGUCAUGUUGACAGUGCGCGUGAGAGACGUGUGUAUGUUGUUGUUGCGGUUUGUGCUAUUUGGCCUCAUUUCGCGGCUUCCUGAUGUCACGCCAGCGGCGUGGAAGGGAACCAGAGCCGGUGUUGAGGCCAAAUCUCAUCGUUUUGAUUUAAUUUUAAUUUAUUUAUUUUAGUUUGUCGUUUGUGUUCAGAUAAAUCUGUGCACGUGAACGUGGGUUUGGCCUCGGUCUGUCCUGAUUGAUUGGAUUUAAAUUUAGUCCUUAAAUGUAUCAUUUUCUGUGCUUUUUAAGUUUUCAGAAUGUAUUUACCUUUUAUUUGUACUAUUUAUUUCUUUGAUAGAUGUUGGUGGACACGCUCAUUCCUCACGCACUGGCCGGUUUGCAGCCUUAAACUGCGGCGGAGAAGUUGAGCUCGUUUCCUUAAACGUCACGUUUGGAUGUAUUUUCCUAAGAAACGUCAGGUUUCCUGACUGUGUGGUUUGGUUCCACGGUGAUUUUCAGAUGCUCCUGUGAUUCUCUGGACGUGUCGGUGCAGGUGGUUUUGCCUCACUCCGCUCGUGUGCUGUGAUUCUACAGCACCGUGCACACCCAUGAUGUGUCGCAUCAGUUGGACUUUAGUCUUUCACCUUUUCUCCGCUCGUGCUCACAGCAAACACGCUUCUUUACCCUGCAGAUGUUUGGCCUUUCCUCCAACACAAGUCAGAGUCUAGGAGCCUCUGGCCUCGUUCAGUUCACUGCUGUGUCCGCGUGUGCACGUUUGUCAUUUUCUCUGAAGUAAAUAAAGAACUGAAGGGUGAAUGUGAUCGUCGGUCUGUGUCUGUGCUCUCUACAGACUCCCCGAUAAAAACCAAACCAACUAACAGAUGAAGUACAUGCAGCAGAUUCUUCAUCUUUUCUUAGACGUUACAGUUGGAUGUGAAUGCACCAUGUGAGCCUCGGUGUGCGCGCUUCCUGCUCUGCUGCUGCAGCAGCUGCUGUCGUUCUGACCUGCGGGUUUUCUGGAUGUUAAAUCCACUGUUCGAAGAGGCUCCGCGUUCUGCCUGCUGCUGUUGUGCUGCCGCAGAAUCGCACCAAACAUAUGCGUUUUUCCGCACAUUUAUGCAGCGUCCUUGCGACAAGCUGCACUGCGGCCUGCGCGUCCGCCGCUCGUCUCUUUGUGUUUGCAGAAACCCCAAAGAACUCAGGACCUUCCGCUGCACAAUGGGUGGACGGUGGUGCCACGACCAGGCCGCACCCGCAUUUUUGGUUGUUUGGUAAAACGUGUUUUGGACGGUGUGGACUGAUCCAGCAGAGAAACGGUCACUGCUGCUAGUUUUGGAUAAAUGUUCACAGCCUGGAGCUUCUGUCUCUGGUUCUCUGCGAAGGUUUAUCUUAUUUCUUCAUGAAUUAAUUGAUUGUUUCCUGAUAAUCGGACAAAAUUCCGCGCUUUUCUAUUGAAUGAACAUUUAGGGUUUUAUCGUCCAAGAGUUUCCUUUUGUUCUUUUGUGUUAAUGCACUUUACAAUUCACAGGUGUACAGGUGCACGUUUUCUGUCCGUGAAGACGUCAAGCAGGAAACAGGCAGGAGCGGUUUGACUUCAAACUAAAUUUAAAUGAAUGUAUUUAAGGGAAAUCCUGAAAUGUUGCGUUUUGUUUUGGCAAAACUGUCUCCAGCAGCUCCUGAGCGUUUUGGCUGCACCGUCUGUGUGGAGGUCAGAGGUCAAUCUUCCAUCAUGUUUCUGUUUUUUUCUUUCCAGGCGCAAACGUUUUCUCUGUUCAGGAUUUAGAAACGUUUAUCUCUUAAAGCCCAAAUCACAUCUGAAAUAAACCUGACACAUUCGUGCGCGUUCGUUUCUGCAGACAUUUAUUUCCACUUUUUUAUUUUAAAGGUGCCACAGGAGGACAAACAGAGUCCAGGGUCAAUGGCGCUGGAGCCCUCGCGCCGAACGUCGCGCACUGUCUGCGGCGUGACGUAACCGCGAGUCCGGCGGUCGUCAGUAAACGUCCUGUCAGUGGGUUUUUGUGUAGCGUACAGUCACACUACGCACAGGGCGAUAAUAAUAAUGUGAUGUUUCCCUUCUCAUGCGCAGGUCCCUGUGCACGCGCAGAGAAACGUCUGUUCUCGGCCUGAAGACGCUGGAAACCUCGCGGUUCUUUAUUGUGGCAGAAAUUCGCAAACCGACUCGUGUGUGUUUUUCCACAGAUCAAUAAUCGCCCGCUCUGUGUCGCGCACACUGAUCUGCAGCCUGUAAACCUCUGGUCACAGCUGCACAACAUCUGCCUGCUCCUCUUUGUCUUUGUGCUGGUCUGUGAGGCGCGCAGUGUCCCGUGAUGCUCCGAGGUUCAGGAGUCACAGGAAGCUGUUGCAUGUUCAGGUGGUGGACGACUCUCCAGAAGCUUCGUGUGAAACCAGGAUCCAAGCUGUAGGAUCAGAAGGAUUUACUCUGAAAACGGGUGGAGGUUUUGGCACCACAUCUUCAAAUGUCAGAGUCAGAGAGCGUUUAAAUUCGGUUUAACAUGAUUUAAAAUUCUGCAGCAUCACAUGAGAACAAACCAGGUUCAGUGUUUCACUGUGUGUCCACGGGCCUACACAUGGUCACCGCCAUCACUGAUUCAGGUUUGUGUUGAACUUAGUUCAGCUUCGUUGGCUGUGGGUCUAACACCUGCUUCACAUGAUGGCACAG